UCAUCUCCUAAUUAAUCAAUCCAAUUACUUCCUGCAAUUACUAUUGUUUACACUGGGAUCAAGUGUGUUCCCAUUUAGUGACCUAUUGUUUUCAUGAUUUAGUAGAGCUCAUGACCAGGUAAAAAAUAACUUUUAAGAGCAUACUGUAAGUGUGUGUACGAAACACUUGUUCAUGUGUCAAGCAAGUUUUGUACAGUGUGUUUAUUCUAUGCAGAUUUUUGGGUUACUUUGUUUUGGUCUGCGUGAUCUGAUCAGAUAUUCUGAGGUUUGCAGCUUUAGUUAUAAAUACCUGCAAAGACAUCAUGAAUGAUUUUGUAAAGUGUAUUAUAAAUCAAAAUUGCUUCUCCGGAAUUGUGAUGCCUUGGAGGUCCAAAGCACGGGAUUGAAAUCCCACUAUUGAAAAUGUUAGUCGUACAUGUGCUAUGAUUUCCUGCACUUGACAACUAACCAGAAUUUGUUUCCUCGAAGAAAACUAACCAGAAUUUAAGAUGCACUGAUUUUGCAUGGUUUCCUCUAAAUUCUUCUCCGUAUUUAGCAUUAUUAUAGGACCAUCAAUGUGAUUGUUAUGUUAUAUAUUCUUAGAUUUGUUUGUUGUUGGUCUUUUCUCCUUUCAUGCUAGACUAUAUCACCUUCCACCUUUGUCUUUGCAUUGCAGCGUGGGAAAUUCCCAAUCAUGUUAGCAGCAGGUCAUGAACAUCGUGAGCUAGUUGAAAUUCUAUUUCCUUGGACAAAGCCAAUUCCACUUUUUCCAGAUUGGAGUGUUGACGGGAUUAUUAGAGCUAUGAAAUACCUAAGCUUCGAGCCUCAGGAGUCGGUGGAAGAACAGAUUGCUGUUGCGAAGUCUGAAGGAAAAGAAGCGUUUACAAAGGGGGGCUAUGUUGAUGCAGCCUACUGCUAUAUGCUGGCAAUGACAAAAAACCCACACGACGCCACCUUAUUCGCCAACCGGAGCCUAUGCUGGCUGCGGCUGAGAGAAGGGGAGAGGGCUCUGUCAGAUGCUCAGCGUUGCAAAACAUUGCGCCCACGCUGGGCGAAGGCAUGGUACCGUGAGGGCAUGGCUCUCGGCUUUAUAAAGGAGCACAAAGGAGCAGUGGAUGCUUUUGUGGAGGCGCUAAAGCUCGAUCCCACCAACCAUGACAUCAAGAAAGCAUUGAGGUCUCUGACUCCUGAAACUUGCAGGGAGGCCAUGGCGUCUAUGAAGAGUGCUGCUUUCCCUGGAGAACAGAACCAUGAGUUGCUGCAAAGAGUUCGAUCUGAUUAA